AUGAGUCAGCGUAACGUUCAUCUGCUCGAUCUUCCGAAUGAAAUACUAUUUAUCAUCUUGAAAAAACUUCCCAAUAUCGAUGUUCUUUAUUCUUUGUUUGGUAUCAAUAAUCAAAGGCUUAAUCUUAUUGCACAAGAAGAUGUUUUUAUUCGAAAUCUUCAUUUUGUUCGUACUUCUCAAUCAACAGAUGAGGUUCAUUCAAUGCCUGAUGCAAUCUUGAAUCGAUUCUGUCAUUUAAUAUUGCCAAAAAUUCAUGAAAAUAUUAAAUCACUUACUAUUGAAUCUGUUUCUAUGGAAAAUAUUCUCAACAGUGGUAUUUAUCCUAAUCUAACUAAACUUACAAUUUUGAAUUUCAAUGAACAAGUCAUUUCAUAUUAUUUGAAUGAUAAUUCUCCUUGUGCACAUAUUUAUAGACUACCAAUUACAGAUCUUAUUCUUAUUAUCAAUGAAAAAAGUGUUAUCGAUGGGAACGAAUUCGAGAAUAUUAAUGUAGAUUAUGGAAUUAUUUUGACUCUAUUUAAACAUUUAAAACAUUUGAGUAUCAAACCAAUAUCUAUAUUUGAUUAUCCACCUUUAUCAUUAUGUAAUUCAUCAUCAAUGACUUGUUCUUCUUCAAUCCUUACGAAAUUAUGUAUCAACGUACAUAGUUUUAAUGACUGUUUAGCUUUGCUUGAUGGUCGUCUCAAGCAAUUAACUUCGUUCAAUGUUCAAAUUAAUUAUAUUGGCAAUAGAAUAUCAAGAUCUUAUAACAUGGAUGAUCUGCCAAAUUUACAUUGUUUUUCAUUGAUAUGUUAUAAUGAUACAACUGGAUUUCAAAAUUUAGUUGUACCUCUUCUUCGACGAAUGUCAUAUUUGAAAGAAUUAACUAUCUAUAUUCAAAUAUGCCAUACAUUUUUGUUUGUUUCUGGUCAUUAUCUUGAUAAUGAAAUUCUCAAUCGUAUGUUUCAACUUCAAAUAUUCAAAUUCUAUUUUGCUUCUCAAACUAAUACUCAUGAUCUCUCUAUUCGUUUAUCUAAUGAAGAUAUUGAAAAAACUUUCACCAAUAAAGGACAACGACAUAUGACUUCUAUGGUGGAUUAUAUUGAUUCAAUGGGAAUGAUAUCGCGUGUUUUUUCAAUUCCAUUUCAAUUUACUCGUUUGAGGGAUAUUACAAAUAAUCUUCCAACUACGGUGUAUGAUUCUGUUACUCAUUUAAAAUUAUCUGAUGAAAAACCAUUCAACUAUGAAUUUUUUUAUCGACUUGCACGAAUUUUCCCAUCUGUUCGAAGUCUAUGUAUUUGGAAUCUUCUUUCGCCAUUUUCUACAUAUCGCGAAUACUGUUCAAAAGAUGAACAUUGGUGUUCCAUGAUUGAAUAUUCUCAACUUAUUUCACUUGAUAUAAGUUUUACACAUAUUCAUUACGUUGAACAGUUCCUCAACGAAACGAAAGUGUGUUUACCUCGUUUAACUGAAUUAAAGGUCAAACAUCGACAUUUGAGAACGGUAACGGACAAUUUUACAAGAGAUGUGACACGACGCAACUAUUCAGAUUUGAUUUCUCAUUCAAUUUUAACAAAUGGAUUGAAAAAGAAAUUUCAAAAUCUUCAAAUUAUCUCUGAAGAAAAAGAUUCGAUCAAUGAUGAACAAUUCAAAAUUAUUCAAAAGAAAUUCAAUGUCAAAGAUAAAUUAACAACGAUUCCACAAAUUACUAAUGAAAAUCAUUUUCUCACUGUUCCUUUAUCAUCCGUUGCGGUAUGGAUUGACCCAUUAGACGCAACAAAAGAGUUAAACAGGUUUAUUGUUACGAAAAUGCAUCAGUACUUUCCUCAGGAGUAUGAGUACAUGUGA